GGAGGAAAUAUCUUGGUUUCUAUGGCUUUUUGACCACCAUGACCAUAAUGAUGUCUUUUAACUUUUUCGUAGGCUUGGAGUUCAGUUUUCUCACAACAAAGUUUGAAUGAGGCCAUAGUACCUCUUUGCUUUUAUCUGCUACCAAAGCACUCAUGCUCCAAGUCUCCAACCACAUCAUGAUUCUAUUUGCAAUCAUAGCUGGAUACACCCAAAAACCCAUCAAGUCAUGUUUGUUCACACUUCACACAGUACUUCACAAUAAUUCUAAAUCUACCUAUAUGGCUAUAUCUAUCACUCUCUCGUCUCUCCUAUAACUUCUGAUCACUAAAUUCACAGAGCAAGCCAUAAACAAAGUAGAGAAAGCAAAGACUGUGAAGAAUUGGAAGAGAUGCAAGCUGGAGCGGAGAAAAAGAGUUGAAGACUCAAUACAAUAACAAGCUUGGUUGAUUUUAAGCUCUACAAGUUGUCUAGUUUUUUACAUAAUGGCAAGUUCUGACCCUGUGGGGAGCAAAAAAGACCCAACUUGGAAUUAUGCUUUUCCAUAUCAAGGCCAAACUAAAGGUACAGUAUGCAAGUUUUGUAAUACGGUCAUAAAGAGUGGUGGUAUCACUCGAUUUAAGUUCCACUUGACUGGAUUAGAUCCUGCCAAGAAUACACGAGUUUGUGAUAAGGUGCCACCAGAAGUUCAAAAAUUAGUAAAAGAAUGGAUGAGGAGAAAAUGUACUGCAAAAUAUCAAAAGGAUUCAAUAAUCCGUGAUACUCGAGAAGAAUUUCGAUCAGGGUUAUCACAACAAUUGAACUCUGAAGAUGAAGAUGAAGGUUUUGUAGGUCAGCAUGAUGUAGAUCCCCGUGAUUAUAAAGCUGCUAUGAGAGCAUCAAGACAAUCAGAAUGGGAAAGGGAGCAAGGUAUAAGUAGAGGUGUUUCAGGGCCUGGCGGGACAAGUCGAAGCCAACCAAAAUUUGAUAGAUCAAAAAGUGUACGACAAGAGCAUGGAGACCAACCUCAAGCUUCAUUCCCACAGUCACUCUAUAAAUCCAAUGCUGCAAAACAAAAGAGCAUCAUUGACUCCAUGUCAAUGGGAAGCCUCAAGGAGAAGCUUGGUCGAUUAUGUGGGAAGUUUUUCAUAUAUACCAAUGUCCCUGCGUACAAAGCGGAAUCUCAUGAGUACAAAAACAUGAUAAUUGGAGCACAAGAGUGUCCAAAUGUUCCUCCGCCAAGUUCGUUUCAGAUAAUGAACAAAUAUUUGCCCAUGGAACAUAAGGAAAUAACUGAAUAUAUAAAUAGCCAAAGAAAAAUGUGGAAAACAUAUGGCUGCACCAUAAUGGCUGAUGGGUGGUCCGGUCCAACAAGAAUGCAAGUUAUCAACUUCAUGGUUUACUGUAAGGGUAAGACUGUGUUUUUGAAGUCUGUCAAUGCAUCAAGUGAUAUAAGGGAGCACAAAUACCUUGCCAAGCUAUUUAAAGAUGUCAUUGAUGAAGUGGGGAAGGAGAAUGUGGUUCAAAUAUGUACCGAUAAUGACUCAGCAUUUGUGAAGGCUGGUAAAACAUUAUCAGAACGUUAUAACUUCUAUUGGACUCCAUGUGCUGCACACUGCAUCGACUUAAUGUUUGAAGAUAUUGGUAAAAAGAAAAAGGUAAGUGAUGUGAUUACUAUUGCUAGACUCGUGACUGUAUAUGUAAGACCUCGGAAAUUUGUUAUUAAUUCCUAAAUGUUUCCUGGGAUUAAUAAAGUGUUCAUUCGUACGAUUUCGUGGUUCGAGGGUGGAGUGGAAUUAUUUUCGGACGAAUAAUUAUUCGAAGUUCACGUUUUAGGGGGUUCACAAAGGUUGACUUUUUAUACGUUUAGAUUCUGUGAGAACUUCCUUCAUGAAAGUUGUAGAGCGCGUCGAUACGAGUUCGUGGACAUGCGGAACGCGGAAAUCGGAGUUCUUAUGAAGAAGUUAUGGUCGUCGGAAAAACUUUCCAUUUUGGUAUAUAUGGGAUUUUUCCGAAAAAUAUCAGAAAAUCUGAAGUUUCCAUUUUGGGAAACUUUUUCUCUCUCUUCGGUCCCGACCCCGUUUCGCCCUCUUCCCUUCGCCGGCCGAUUUCUUCACCGUCCGGCCACCAAUCGGCGCGAUUCCAAAGGGAAUCCUGCUCUCCUCAGUCCCCUCUACACGUCUGUACGUGGUGGUUAUUCGUCAUGGGAAGCACCGUACACGGCGGUACAAGGCCGAGAAGUGGAGCUGCCGACGUUGAAAUCGCCUCCGUGGGUUCUUCCUCCUCCGGCCACUAUAGCUCGAGUUCUUUGAGGUAUUUUCUUGCCCAGAGGACGUAGAUGCUUCCCUCCAAGCGGCUUGCAACGAUUCAAAGUGUGGAGGUCGAAUUUUGAAGAUUGGGAUUCUAGGGUUCAUCGGUUUUCAAAACUUGCGAGGUAAAUUCCGGCCAAAUGGCUUUGAUUCAGACUUUGUGCUAGUUAUGAAUGUUUCAAUUGGAGUUGAGAUGAAGAACUUUGAUGUUGGAAGCUUUGUCAAAUUUUGACUUUGGUUUGGUGGCGGUGCCGCCACUGUGGUGGUGGUUUCCGGCGGCUUCCGGCCACCUCUGGGGCAGUUUCUGCUCCUCAGUGCGAUCUACUCGUCGAUACGAGCAUUUCGAUAUAUAGUUUGUAAUUUUUGGAAAUCGUAUGAGCAUGUUAUGAAUUUUCCAAGUUUUAGGGUUUUCGGUUCGAUCGGUUUUCGAUCCGUGAGGAUUCGGCCGUCCAAUUGACUUGUAGUUUUGUUAUAUUGAUCGUAUAAGUAUUCCGGAGGCCUCUGGUGGUCUCGGAUGAAGUUUCGCCUCGAUUGGCAUUAUUUUUGGGGAUUUUAGUUCAACGGGGGUUUGAACUUUAAUCGUUUUCGAUCCGUAUACUAAGUUGUGAUGCAUUUACUUAGGUAAUUGAUGGAGUGUGUUCUGUACUUUAUCUCGGCUGUAAGAGAAGACGCAGCGGGAUUUAGAGGUGAGUAAAUCUCACGGUGUUUCGGUUGAUAAAGUAGUUAAUUUGUAAAACUAUAGUUGGUAUUAGUAGCAUUCCUGAGCGGGUGACUACGUAUAUAUAUAUAUAUAUAUAUAUAUAUAUAUAUUUACGUGGAAUAUAUAUAUAUAUUGGUGCAGUUAGGUAAUGUGGUGGAAUUAACAUGGUUUUGUGAGUUCGAUGUUGCUAUUGUUGUGAUUUAAUUUUCUAAGGGAAAUGAAUGAAGUUUGGUUGAUUUGGAAUGGAAACAAUUUUGUUUCGAUGUUUCGUAUUCGAGAGUUUUACUUGUUUAAUUGUGCUGAUGGUUUAAGGGGUGAAAACAAUAUUUCGGAAUUGAUUUCUAUAUUGUUUUGAAAUGGGAGUUGAGCUUUGAAAACAAUAUUUGUUGCAGUCAAUUAUAUUGUUUUGGAAAGUGUUGAGGUGGUGUAACAUUUUGAGUCUUGCGUGACUUUUUAUAUGUUUUGGUCUUUGUACCGAGGGUCACAGUAGUGACCGAGGGUGGUUAUCGGAAUCAUGCCCUUGGCCGGGGUAUGGUUACGACUCAGUUAGAGCUCUAGUCUGUCCGCCAUUGUAUGUCAUGAUGGGUAACAAGCAGGUUACUUGCAACUCAUGAGUACGUGUUUUUAAAAGAGAAUUUGGGAUGUAUUCUUCUUUUAAAUUGUCCAAGGAGGGACUUGAAUUUCAUAUUUAAAAUGGGGAGUUGAAUUUAAUAUGAUUUUGUCACUUUAGUGAUGUAUGUUACCCUUAAGAGGUAAGGAUGUCGAGUUUUGAAAACGAGUCAUUGUGGGAUUCGUUUAUUUGGAGUUGAAGGGUGAUUUCUUGGUUUUGUCAGAAGUUGUUUGAUUUCUUUAUUUAUUUUCCUUUUUCAUUCCAUUAUUGAUUUUUAAGUAAUCUCCUGAACUAAAUUUUAUGCAGGGAUUACUAUGAUUUUAUUGGUUGUUUUAAUGUAAUUCCCUGAACUAAAUUGUAUGCAGGGAUUACUAUGAUUUUUAUUAUUUGUGUUAAUGUGAUCUCCUGAACUAAAUUUAUAUGCAGGGAUUACUAUGAAUUCUUUUGUUUGUUUUCAUGUGAUCUCCUGAACUAAGUUUUUAUGCAGGGAUUACUGAUUUUGCUUAAUUCUUAUUGUGGGUACAGUUGUGGGUUGUGAUCUGUAGUGAUUGAUAAAUGAGUUGGGAUGGCAUGAUUUUGGCAACCGCGUUAUGUUGAGGGAAAUGAGUAUGAUUUCCAGGUUGUGCCGUUGAGGCAAAGGAAUAGUGAUCUAAUAGUUUGUGGGGACGUAAAAUGUUAAAAUAUUGGGAGUUAUUUGUAUAGUUGGAGAUUUUGGGAAGUGAGAUAAAAUGAAUUGUGAGACAGAGCAUGUGGGUUUUAGUUGGGUUGAAAUUAUUGAGCAUGAUAUUGAUUUAUUUGAACUUGAUGCUUUUGUUGUGAUAAUUGCAUAUUGAUUUUGUUAGACUAAGAUGGUGAAAGCAUGUAUUUUGUGGAAUUAAAUAUUGUUGCUUUAAUUAUCUCACGAGUUGAGAAAUUAUAAGCAUGAGUGACGUGAGUCACUUUAUUUGAGUUUACUCAUACGGGCUGAAAAGCUUAUCGGGUUUGUUGUUUACAUUCCCGGUGCACUAUUCUAUG